GCUCCUCAGAGCAAAUAGAGGCGUGACUUGAUAAGUGAGAGCCUAUAGAGACGCGAUUUCGAAAAACGACUUCCUAAUAGGGCAGCUGUAGUAACGCCGCCCUUCUUUUACCGGCGAUAAAGGUUAAUAUUUGGUUCUGAUUGGUCGAGAGAGAGUCACGCGGUUCUUUAGCGUUUUCAAAUUGCAGACGCAAAUAUUAUCAACCCGCUGUGCCGGAACUCGUUGCGGAGCUAAACUAGAAGUUCGUAUGUAUAGGUUUCGCGGAAGAGGCCUGGUCGGAGUUGUUAUGUGACGGCGAAGUAGCCUUGAUAGUCGGGACUGAAGAAGACGAAGGGCGGGAAGCGAGAGUGGUGGCGGAGGGAUACUAAAGGUGGUUAUUUUGAAUGGAGAGCUGGAGAAGAAGUCGCAGGCUUCAAAGCACUCUCUUCAGAGUCUCCAUACUGGUCCAGCGAGAACUGCUAGGAGAACAAAAACCAUGCCCACAGAGAGAAAGUGCUAAAUCAGUCGUUUGACCAGCUACAUCUUUGCACCAUCUUAGUGUAGCUUAUCAGGACUGGUGACUGAGCUAAUGCUCUUCAAGAAAUAAUUUUUGUUCCUAAUGAAUCAAAAGUAACAAAGACUUUCCCAAUGGAGAACUUGAGUAAUAAGAAGGUGCUUUCAGAAUGCAAUCAAUAUUUGGGACAUGGAGUCUGCUUCAACAGCGCGAAAAAGGAAGACUGUCACUCCUCAAACCACUCAUCAAAUUUUGCAAAAGAAAAUAUACCAAUAAAUACAUUCACAUUCUCUAUGAUGUCGAGCAGCUUGCAAAGCCCUCUUCAUGUAGAUAAGUCAUCUUUUUUGCCAGAUUCAAAUUCUUUAACUCCCAAUAAGGACAAAGGAGAAACAAAAACAUCAUCUGUAGACUUUUCUGUUCUGACAGCAGCUGAUUUUAGAAUUACACCAGAAUCUUUUACAAAACAUCAAGGAAGGGCCAGGAGUGUAUUAACAAAAUUAAGGCGGCAAUCUACAAUUGGAGUACGGGGUUCUCCGGAAAAUAAUGCUCUUAUCAGAUAUAUUUCUCACCGGAAGAGAAUGGGGAUUGCAGAUUCUCCCUCACAGGCCAGUCCUUUUCAACGAAAUGCUUUAUUGAAAGAUAAAAUAGCUGCCUUCCAGUCAUCCUUUAAGACACUUGAAGAAGCUGCAGAAGAAAUUAUCCAUACACCUUACACCUUUAAGAAAGCUGACACAAGAUCACAUGAAGAUCAACUGGACCAGGUGGGACCAUCAGAAUAUAAGGCAGUUGAGGAAACCCUAAACCGUAAAUCCACUAAUGGAGAAAAAAGUUCAGCUAAUAUUCAGGAAAUUCCAAUCUCGUACCCAAAUACUCUAGAAUCUCGAUGUUUACUGUUGGAAGCCAGUCCAGCUGCAGGCAUCUCAAACACAGCAUGUGGUAUCCGGCCUCAGAACACUAAUGAAGAAUUAAAUAGCAGUACUGCAUCGCAACAAAGCUGCAAGAAGGUCAGAUUUGCAGAGAAACAGAGCCUGGAAAUAUUUGAUGAGACCAAGCCUUCCACUACCCCACUGCAGAAGGGACACUUUCUUUCAACAUACCACGAUAGUUCCAAUCUUCGUUCUGUUUUGAAGAAAACACCAGUAAAAAUAUUAGCUGAAGAUACAAAGGGACAUCUUGCUUAUACUAAUACAAGAAAAGGAAGUGAAGAACCAUCAGUCUUCCAAAGCUGUGGAUCACUGCAAACAGAAAGAAGUACCAGAUCAAUUGUCAAAAUGGAGGCACACAACAAAGAGGAAGAUGUGAAAGUAUUUGACAUAUUUCAACCUGUAGAUUCUCCAAUGCAUAGUGGAGAAGCCUCAUUCAGUCUGUCUGGAACAAAAAAUGACACAGCUCCCAUCAAGAAACCCUUAUCCCAACCAAACUUUGACGAUGAUGGUGCUUUUCAAGAGACAUCAGAGGUAGUUUCUACUGUCGAAUCUAUUGUGAACUCAGAUGAUACAGAAGAUAAAGAAACAAAAGUAAGUUCUCCUGAUCUCCAUUCUACAUGCAUUAGAGUCACUCGGUCCUCUGCUAAAAAGGUCCACAAAGAAGAAACAAGCAUCAGCCUUACAAGAGAAACACGAACCAGGAGGACUCGUACUACCAAUAGAGUCCCAAAUCCUAGAAAAAUCCAAAAUGAAAACUCUGUAGCAAAGUCUGCUUCCAAAAAAACACCUGCUCCUAGGCGCAAAGCAUUUGGAAAGAGGAAAAGGAGAAAAAAGACACAGAAAGUAUUUCAUGGACAUUAUGAAACUGUAUCCAAGAAGCCUCUCUUGAGCCCAAUUCUUGAGAUGACGGAAGAUACCUCCCUUAUUUCAUCUUAUCAAAGCACAUCAGAAUCAUCAGGUCCCAUCUUUGAUCAUUCCUGCUCCAGCCUUGUACAUGAAACACCUGAAGAGACAAAUAAUAUAUUACGUAGUACAGAAGAGUAUGGCAGUUGUCUGCAUUCCACUUCGGGUGCUGCGAAGGAAGAUGCUUUACCUAACACUGUGUCAUGCUUAUUCUUACAACUGCAAGAUGGUGUCCCAAAUGACAUACCAAUCACAUUUCCUUUGGAGUCACCUGGUAAUGAUUCUCCCAAAGACUUAAAAAAUACCUUAAAUGGACAGGUGCUGAAAAAUGACUGUGAGAAUGAGAAAGAACUGGGAUUACAUAACCUACAAAAAAUGGCUGAAAAAAUAAGUAAAGAAGCUUUACUUACUGCAGAAUCUGCAGUAGUGCAGCCAAGUGGAGGUGGCAUCUGUGUGAAUUCUGAAAGAUUUUCAAGGAGGAGCAGAAAAACCACCCGCUACCUCCCCAGUGUUGAUGAUUUUCCAUCUGAAACACCUAGAAACAAUCCUUGUGUUCCUAGAGGUAGUAUGGAAGAACUACCUUGUACGCCUCAAACAAUAAACGAUUCUGGAUUCUUAAAUGAUGUCCUGAUUGCUAUAGAGGAAUCUUUCAGAAGCGUAACCAGUAGUACUCAAAGGGUGAGACGCAGCAUGAGAUUGCUUAAAAAUGAAGAAAGUGAAGGCCUUGCAUGGAUUUCAGUGUCCGCGAAUGAUUCCGUGAAUCAGGCUCUGGUGGGUUCUGAGCACAAAAGCAGGAGAAAGUCAUGUGCCUUCUGUCAUCCCAAAUCAGAGAUGCUUCAUCAACAGCAAGAAAACUUGGUCCAGUCUCUCUUACCAAUGAUGGAAGACCAAAAAAGUGUUGGAGUGCAUUGCAGACCAAGAAAGAAAAGGAAGAACAUUUGUUCCCAGAGGCAGGGAGAAGAUUAAAAUAGCAUGUCAUACAUACAGAAGAGCAAAUGUUGGGUAUAAAAGAGAUCGUGUCAUCAAAAGGAUUCUAAACUGAAGAAAAAUCUUGGAGAUUUGACCUACAAUUUAAUUUAGACCUUGAGAAACUUUAAAAUACCUUAUACAUGGUACAUUUUUUAAAGAACUGACUCUUCCUAGUUUGCAUGAAAAGCUUUUGGUUUACUCUUUUUUUAAAAGAGAAUUUUAGGUGGGAAAGGAGAGUGGAAAAGAAAAUAGAAAAAAAUCCCAAUGAAGGUUCUGUUGAGAAAUCACUGGUAAUGGAAGAUAUGUUUUAUGACUAUUUUUAACUGGCAAAACCCACUUGCUGUAACUUUCAGUGCUCCUAAUUUCAAACUCCACAUGGAGAACUGCCAGAAAACUGACUGUUUCUUGGCUGGUGGUAGAAAAAUGAUGAUGGGAAAUAUAAAAAACUGUACACAGUUUGACUGUGAUGUUUAGGUGGUAUUGGAAGGGCCCAUCCAACUUUAGUCGCCUGGUAUUUUGAGAGUUACAGUCUCAUCAAUGAAGUAUUCUGGGUUUUGAGCUGUUUUCUCAACAAUCCUUGGACUUGUCAGCAGUACUGAAAGGUUUUUUUCAUUAAAACUUUUUCAUUAAAAUUUGAAUCUUCCCUGCAUAUUAAUUUUCAGGAACAACGUUCAAUUUUUUUAAGAAAAGCAUUCAUUUUCUCUCCCUUGCUUCUAUCCCCAGGACAACUGAAUUUUUUUCACAGCAGCUCCAUUAACAUGUCUGGAAUUCCAGUAGUAGAAAACAUUAAUGGAUGUUAACCAGAAUUCAUUUGUACACCCCAAAUAUCAAUUAAAAGACUGAUGAUUGAAUAAAGCUGUUUAACGUCCCCUAAAA